GUUGUUCUCCUUGCCGGUCAUAUCUGAGUGCCAUGUGGUCUCUCAUUUAAGUUGUUCGUUCUCCCACGGAGCUCAAGCUCGCGCAAUAUUAAGAGUGAAGGCUGGCUGGAGUGUAACAUCCGAUUACGAUUUGUUCUUGAUACAAGUUCUUCACUAUGCAGCUGGCUUAUGAGACUGGGUGUCAAGGAGAGGUCGACUUCCUGCCUUGCCUACGCCCUAUUGUUCCCUCAUCGCCCUCAGAUACCACAGGUGUGGGGGACUUAGACGAACCGGGAUGGGAUUCUAUCAUCAUACCCUCCCUCGACUACGUGCUACGUUCACAAUGCGGCUAUUCACAAAAUCAGGCCCGGCGCCAUGCUCUCUUCUUCCGGGAAAAUCUAAUGCCCUUGCUCAAGUUGCCGCCGCGGGCCACAGUGACAGACAAUGGGGCCGUUAUUUUCUCUCCUCGUUAUGCUUCCGCUCUCACAAACGACUUCACACCGUUGGAAUAUAGCUAUAGCUGGAAGAGCGCCGAAAGCGCAGGGGUGCCAGUUUUCCGGUAUAUCGUUGACGUGGCGCCGCCUACCGGGGCAGACGCGCGAUCUGACACGCUCCGGGCAGCCCUGGCAGCCAUAGAGCAGCUCGAUGACGGAAGGGCCACUGGGGGGGACCAGUUCAAGGUCCACGUCUUUCCGGCGCUGUGGAAGCAUGUCACACAGUGGUUCCUGGAUCAGGAGACUCGCAUCCACCCGACCGAGAAGGAACUAGGCCGCUGUGUUUGCUGCGGAACCUCCUCUACCUUUGUUGGGUGCGAACUGGCGCCGGAGCACGCGAGUCUUAAGCUCUACUGGCUCCUGCCGUCCUGUCAGGCCCCUGCAACCACGCUGAGAGACCUCGACGGGCUUUUCGACAGCGCCAAACCUUUCAGCCCGUUGUUCGAGCAUACCGGGUUCUGGGAUCUCUGGUCGACUUUGCGCGAUUACGUUUCCUCUCAUAGCGAGACGCUGCAAAUCAGAAUGCUGUCCAUGGACGCCACUCAGUUCCCCUCGUCACGGGUUAAGGUGUACACUCGGUGCAUGUUUGCGGACUCGGUCCGCUUCGCUGACGCCAUUCUGCCGCAUUUGAGUCUAGGCGGGCGGGUCGACAUUCCGAGCCACUUUGUCGAUACGGCGGCCCGCGUGUGGGACUCGAUCGCAGAACCGGCAACAGGCGGGCGCUGUGAGAAGCAGAGACGAAGGCCGCGCUACUGCUUGCUACUGCACGAGGUGGGCAUUAGCAAGUCUUCUGGCCAGGCCGUCAUCGGGGCCAAGCUGUACGUCAUGUGCGGUGAGGUGGCUGAUGCCGAUUCGGUGCUUGUGGAGAAGCUGAUGCGAAGCUGUCCCAUGCUGACGGGCUCGAGUCUGAGAAGUCAAUUCCCUGCCGAUGGCAAGCCUACCGGACGGAUUGCAGAAAUCGGACUGGUACCGAGGGAAGAUGGGACAGAGGUCGGACUGUACUUAAACCCCUGCCUAUUUUCAGAUCCGACUCGUGUGGGUGGUGACGGCGGCAGUGGUGAGGUAACGGUCGAGAGACCGCGUUGUGACAUUUAACGAUGACACGACGACGGGACCACAUGCUCGCCACGGACGGCACGACGGAUGGCAUGGGAGGAGAAGUAGAAGAGCCGAAGAAUUAGAUCCCUUGUCGCUAGUUUUCGGAGACUCGAAAUAAGAGAAAGAGAGGCACUGAGUUGAGAGGCGAAAUGACGAUGACCAUUGUAGGGAGGAAGGAAGCAUUUUCGGUAUUACGAAGUAGUGAGGUGGCUGCUAGGAAUGCAUUUGAAUGACCCAAUCCAUUGCAUUCUCAACAGGGAGUAAUACUUCGGUAUUCAUGUACACCGUAAUAAGACUGCUUUGUCGCUUGCCUUAUCCAGGGUGGGAGAAGGGAGUUGUCGG